AUGGCACAUUUCAAGUUUGCCAAAGACAUUGAUGAACUUGUGAAGAUGGAUGGCCCUCUACAAACUGGGCCUAUGAUGAGAUGGCAAAGAAAAGCUCAAGAAACACUUGUCAGGGUUCAUAGAGAGGAUGAAGGCGUGUCAUCACCUCUAAAGUCCAGAAACAAAACUCCAAUGAAAACUGUUCCUUCUACAACUCCUGGGAAUGGAACUAAGACGCCAAAAACUCCCGGAACCAAGGUUAUAGAAAGUCAAACAAACUGUCCCAAUGGAGUUCGGAGCAGCAAGAAAACCAAGACUCCUGGCAACAAAACACCGGGUCGCCAGCCAGACAGGUUCAUUCCAAGCCGUUCCACAACAGACUUGGAGUUUGGCCAUUACGCAGUGAUGAAGCGAGGAGAGGAAGGCAAUCCAGUCAGUGAUGAAACUAAUUCUAAUGUGGAAUAUCAAGAAAAAUUAAAAGAUGCUUUGGAUGUCAAAGAGUGCAAGAUUCUCAGCUUUCGAACACAAGCUCCUGCAGCAAACAGAUCUGAUAUUAACAAUUUACAAGUGCUGUACAGUUGCAGCAAAUCAUCAGUCAAGCAGUCUUCUAGUUCACGAUAUAUUCCAAAAGAACCAGAAAGAGUUCUUGAUGCUCCAGACUUGUUAGAUGAUUACUACCUGAAUCUUUUGGAUUGGUCUCCAACCAACGUCCUGACUGUGGCAUUGGGCACUGCUGUGUUUCUCUGGAAUGCAGACAAUGGUACAAUAAUGCAGCUGAUGGAGUUGUCCACUCCUAAUGAGUAUAUCUCAUCUGUUGCCUGGGUGCAGGAGGGAGCGGCCGUAGCAGUGGGCCUCAGUAAUGGAGUGGUCCAACUGAUUCGCUCUAUGACAGGACAUGCAACACGUGUGGGUAGCCUAUCAUGGAACAGCUAUGUCCUCUCAAGUGGGUCGCGCACAGGUGCAAUACAUCAUCAUGAUGUUCGAAUAGCACAGCACCAGAUUGCUACUUUAGAACAUCACACUCAAGAAGUAUGUGGGUUGCGCUGGUCCCCAGAUGGACGCCAUCUGGCCAGCGGUGGCAAUGACAAUCUGGUCAACAUCUGGAGCAAUCAGUUUGGUUCAAAUGCUGGAAGUACGCCUCUGUACACCUUCACUGAUCAUCAAGCUGCGGUCAAGGCUAUGGCGUGGUGUCCUUGGCAACCAUACCUUCUUGCAACAGGUGGUGGAACUGCAGAUAGGCACAUUCGUCUGUGGAAUGUUCAGUCAGGAACAUCUGUGGGAGCUUAUGAUACAGAGUCUCAGGUAUGCUCAGUGCUGUGGUCACAAGAACACAAAGAGUUGAUUUCUGGGCACGGGUACGCUCUAAACCACCUGCGCAUUUGGAAGUACCCAGCCAUGACCAAAGUUGUAGAUCUUGUUGGUCAUUCUUCCCGUAUCUUGUGUAUGACAAUGUCACCUGACGGGACAACUGUGGCCAGUGCAGCGGCAGACGAGACCAUUCGGCUGUGGAAAUGUUUCGCUGUAGAAAAACAAACUGGCAAAUCUCAGGCAAAGUCAGAGAAGAAACUCACUUCAGGACUCAACAUGUGUAUCAGAUAG